CACUUCCUUGAAGCUUUGAUUUCUAAUACACACACAACACUUAGAAUCUCACCAAGCAACUGAACAACAACCUCACUUCAAUCAAAAAAACAGUCAUGGCCCCUCAGAUCGAAGCUGUUUCUACCACAUCUGCCCCGGCUCCGCUGCCGCAAUUCUCCCAGGCCGUCAAGCACAAUGGCAUGGUGUACUGCUCCGGAAACAUCGGAGCCAUUCCUGGGACCAAUUUUGAGCUGGUAGAGGGGACAGUUAAAGAUAGAGCGCGACAAGCUAUCAAGAACCUGGAAGCCAUCCUCAAAGAGUCCGGUAGCAGCCUGAGAAAUAUCGUCAAGAUGAACAUCUACAUCACAAAUAUGCAAAACUUUGCUCUUGUGAAUGAGGCCUAUGAUGAGUUCUUUACUUGGGAGCCCAAGCCGGCUAGAACUUGUGUAGCAGUCUUUCAGCUGCCGUUGGGAACUGAUGUUGAGAUUGAGUGCACUGCAGCUCUCGACUAGGAAAAAGGAUAGAUUUAUAGUAACGGAAUUCUAAAUAAAUGCACUAGAAUGAAACAUCUUCUCGACUGUUGCCUGAUCUGAUCACGUCCGACCUUUUCCCUACUCAACGGUCCGCAUAGAUGCUCUUGCCCUUGCCCUGCAUAACUUCAUGCACAUAGUCCACGUACUUGAUCGGCUCAAAGUCGG